AUGUUGGUGCCGUUGGUUAGGUGCACCCUCUGUGUGGUGCUGGUGCUACAAUCGGUUUAUUGUGAGGCAGAUCCACAGCUAAAUCUUCCACCUUUGGCACCGCCGGGAGCGGAUCGGAAUCGUCCAGUGGUAUUUCCCAGUGGGGAAGCAUCACCGACGAGAGUGCCCUUGCGUGUUGAUGGAGAAGGGACUAAUGCACACGAUCGUAGCAGGAGUGAACGGUACGGUCCACCCUACGAUGGGGACGAAGACGAUGAAGACGAACGGCCCAAUUAUCCACCACAGCAACAGGGACGUGCUAAUAGCGAUUACGAUAGGAGAGAUCGACCGGAUUCGCCAUACUCUUUCAACGAUCGAAAUCGAUACGGUGGAGAUCGAGGAUUCGAUCCUGGGCGUACUCCAAACGAGAGAUACGCAGGUGAUCGAAGCCCCAAUCCACUCGUUUCCGAUGUCGACAACCCGUUGCUGUACAGAGAUCGAGAUGAUCGGAAUCGAAAUCGGUACGUGUCAGAUGUAGAGAACCCACUGUUGUAUCGCGAUCGCACGCCAUACAAUCCAAACCGAGAUGAGAACGAUCGCAAUCGUUACAACCCCAACGGCCGACCGUUUAAUCCCAAUGAUCCUGGAAGCUAUGGUGGACGUGAUCGCGAUCCAAACUAUCGCGAACCAGGCUUCCGUGAUCCGAACUAUCGCGAACCGGGCUACCGUGAUCCAAACUUCCGUGAUCAAGGAUUCAGAGAUCCAUCUCAACGAAACCCUGGUGACGAUCCUGCCUAUCGCGAUCGCAAUCGAUUCCCGGAUGAUCCUAACUACCGCGAUCCUUACCGAAGCCCUGAAGAAGAACGGUUCCGAGCAGAAAACGAACGACGGUUUCGGGCGGAAACUGAAAAGCUGCGCACCUUCCUAUCCGAGAUCGACCGGAAAAGCUCGCUGGAGUGUUCGCUGAACGUUGCGGCCCAGUGGAACUUCGAGACCAACAUCAACGAGGCGACGCAGGUCGAAGCGCUGGCUGCUCAGCAACGAUAUAACGACUUCCAGCGCCUGCUAUGGGAUCAGAUGCGGCGGAUAGAUCAGACGAAAAUUUUCGAUGACAAGCUCUAUCGUCAGGUACGGCUGAUGUCCAUCAUCGGUCCAAGUGCUCUACCGCCGGAUCAGCUCGAUAGAUACAACAGAAUCGUCAACGAUAUGUUGGCCAUCUUUAACGGGGCUUCGAUCUGUGCGUACGAGCAACCGUUUGAGUGCGGUUUGCGUCUUCAACCGCACCUCAAAGACAUUAUGGCAAAGAGCCGGGAUUGGAAUGAAUUGCAGUACACAUGGCUCGAGUGGCGCCGAAAGUCUGGCCGAAACAUGCGCGAUCUCUUCGAGCAGCUCGUCGAUCUGACCAACGAUGCUGGGCGUGUGAACAACUUCACCGACGCGUCUUCCUAUUGGACGUUUCCGUACGAGUCGCGCAAUUUCCGCGAAGAGAUGGAGCAAGUGUGGCGUGAGAUACUCCCUCUCUACGAGAUGAUUCACGCGUACGUUCGUCGUAAACUGCGCGAGUUCUACGGCCCAGAUAAGAUCAACAAAAACGCCCCACUGCCCGAUCACAUACUAGGCGACAUGUAUGGGCAGAGCUGGCAGAACAUUCUGGACAUUGUCAUCCCCUACCCGGGUCGCAGUUUCCUCGAGGUGACGCCAGAAAUGCAGAAGCAGGGCUACAACCCACUCGUCAUGUUCCAGAUAGCGGAGGAGUUCUUCGUUUCGAUGAACAUGACCGCGAUGCCGCCUGACUUUUGGGCUUCGUCCAUCCUUACGCAGCCACCAGAUCGACCGAUCCUCUGUCAACCGUCCUCGUGGGACUUCUGUACCGGCAAGGACUACCGCGUGAAAAUGUGCACGCAGGUAACGCAUAAAGAUUUCAUCACCGUCCACCACGAAUUGGCGCACAUCCAGUACUUCCUGAACUAUCGCAACAAUCCGAAGGUGUUCCGCGACGGUGCAAACCCAGGUUUCCACGAAGCGAUCGGUGACGCAAUCUCACUGUCAGUGGCGUCGCCCAAGCACCUGCAAAAUCUGGGCCUCGUGCAGAAGUCCGUCGACGACACGGCGCACGACAUCAAUUUCCUGUUUUCGCUCGCAAUGGAAAAGGUCGUCUUUUUGCCGUUCGCGCUCGCCCUUGAAGCCUGGCGUUAUGACGUCUUCAGCAAGCGGAUUCGCAAGGAGCAGUACAACUGCCACUGGUGGUUGCUCAGGGAGGAAUAUGGAGGCGUUAAGCCGCCGGUGCUGAGGUCCGAACUUGACUUUGACCCUGGCGCGAAGUAUCACGUCGCGGCGAACAUUCCCUACAUCAAGUAUUUCUUCUCCAACGUGCUCCAGUUCCAAAUUUACAGGGCCCUAUGCACCGCCGCCGGCCAGUACGAUCCACAGGAUCCCGCCAAACCGUUGCAUAAGUGUGACAUCUACCGUCAACCGGCUGCCGGCAACAUUCUCAAAAAGCUGAUGGAGCGUGGAGCCUCGCAAUCAUGGCAGCAAGUCCUGCAGGAGGUACUCGGCGAGGGCCGGCUAGACGGUUCGGCAUUGCGUGAGUUUUUCCGACCCCUCGAGGAGUGGCUACGAAACGAGAAUCUGCGCAACAACGAGUACGUCGGUUGGAUCUACGAUGGUGACUACUGCAAGCACAGCAUCGAGACGGCUAACCUGCAAGUGUUCGGUGGAUUCUACAAUGUUGCCGCUGGGCCAUCGAGCCCCGGGUGGCUGCUACUUCUCACCAUUUCCUGCAUCGUUCGGGUGGUGCAUGUGCAGUUGCAGUAGAAAACUGUGCCCCUGCACGUAUGAGAGCACAUG